GUUGUCUGCACUGUGUAUGUCACGCGAUACUUGGGCGCUGGAUGAGCGCGUGAUUACUUGCAGCGAUACAUUCGACAGGAGGGAGAGUAACUCAUCCCUCAAUAAUCAUACGUCGAGACCCAUAUCAUUCGAGUACUGCAAGUAAAGCUGCAAGCUGAGAAAAUGGCUGAUUUGUCUCACUAUGCGAUCCCGGAUCCGGAAUUUGUGAAUGCACUUGCACAAACGCCGCCGCCUUUUGCCUCACCCUCGGCGGAUGCUCUUCAGGGAGAUGAAGAAGUCAAGCGUCGCCAAAAGAUAGUUGCGGAAAUGUUGCGUGCUGCCGUCGCGGCUUUCAAUCCACCACAGGGAGUGAUUGUAGAAGAGAAGCGCAUUCCCGUGACGAGUCCUCCUGGCGAUAUUGCUGUCAGAGUGUACACUCCGGAGCCUCGGGACACGUCGGAGACGUUCGCGGUAUACGUUGAUUUCCAUGGUAGUGGAUAUAGUGUGGGAACUCUUGACUCCGACGAGCUCGAUUGCCGAGCCCUAUCUGUGAAAAAUCGGAUUGUCGUCGUUAAUGUCGAUUAUCGACUGGCACCGCAGUUUCCUUGGCCUACGGGUCCUAAUGACGCAUACGACGCGGUAAAAUGGGUGGCAAGGGACUCAACCGAACUUCGGGUCGAUCUCAAGAAAGGAUUUAUUAUUGGUGGUACCUCGGCAGGUGGAAAUUUCACGUGUACAGUUGCGCAGCGUGCUCGUGAAGAUCCAGAGCUCCAAGGAAAGAUAACUGGCCAAGUGUUGCAGAGUCCAGAAACUGUCACGCAUUCGAAGGAAUUUCCAGAGAGCCUGAAAGACAAGCUCAAAUCUUAUGAGCAGUUCAAAAGCGAUCCAAUUCUGACACGUGAAAAUAUUGCGCUGUUCAUGGGUGCUUACAAGCCAGGCAAUCAGUUCGAUCCUUUGGUUUCACCCAUUCUCGCGAAGUCUCUCGCAGGACUCCCUCCCGCGUACGUCCAAAUUGCAGGUGCGGAUCCGUUGCGUGAUGAGGGACUUCUCUAUGCCCAAAUGAUGCAAGAAAGCGGCGUUCAGACAAAGGUUGACGUGUAUCCCGGUGUGCCGCAUGGCUUCGCUGCUUUUUAUCCGAAGCUCGCAAUAAGUGCGAAAUGGCGCACUGACCUUGACACAGGAGUUCAAUGGCUUUUAGGAUUCUCGAAGGCAUAAAAUAACUCGGGUUUGAUGAUUAAAUGUAAGAGUAACAUUGAACGUAUUCCUCCGUGAGGAAUACCCAGACUUUCUUGUAACCAUUCACUUAUCGGAAAGAAAUAUUAAAGCAUUGCAUAC